AUGUGGCCGCUUCUGCUCCUCCUGGCGGCCCUGGGGCAAGCCAGCCAAGAAACGCUUCACGUCGUCGACUUAUCCCAGGUGGUGUGCCCCAAGCCGCAGAGCAGCAAUCCAAAUGCGCCUGUUCUUCCUGACUACAACUUGGGCAUUGAGCAGACGACCUCAAUGGACAUGGAUUCCCCGUACAUUGUCAGCUUCAUGCGCGCGAGCAAGCAGGCAAUGUCGAUACGUUUCAAAAUUUUAGAUUACAAUGGCGAGACGGUCGUGUCCGACACCACUGUGCAGCUAGAAGACUUGCGUACCUCGGUGCCAAGCUCAUGCACAUGUACAUCGGCGACGAUUCCUCAAGAGGUGGAGGCCAAGUAUGGUCAAAGCUAUGGGACUUCGUGUCAGGCGUGGGAUAACGCCAAAUGUGACCAGUUGUGGGGUGACUUGUCAGUGGGCUCCUGGUGCUGUCGACCUUGGUGUUAUGCAUCGCAGGACUGUCCAGAUGCAUACCGAAGUGAGGCGAUCCCAGGUCAGUACUUCAGUUAUGCGGCCUGCGACACUGUGAGCCCAGCCUCACCUUGCACGUGGACAUCUGUGGCCGAGCAAAAUGAUCCGUGCCAGUGCAAGAACUCCGCGAGUGUGUUCAGCACUGCAAUGAAUGCCACAUUUACGAGCAACUACGGAGCCACCUGUGGCACGUGGGACAUGCAAAACUGUGACAUCAACUACCGGCCGGACCAGGUAGACACCUGGUGCUGCAAAAGCUGGUGCUAUGUGGACAAGGAAUGUUCCACCGCAAAGCAGUCCCUGAAUCCUGGCAUGGAGGGUCUCUUAUUCUGGUCCGACAACGUUUGCCCAGACGAUCCUCUCCUGGUUUCACAGUGCCCCUACAAGCCGAAACCGAACAUCACGGCAGGCAGCACUGCCUGCGCGUGCUUGGACGUGUCGAUGCCCACCUAUGACCUUGAGAAGGCUGGCCUGAACUCGACCUACGCAGACUACGGUCGGCAGUGUGCUCCUCACGAUGCGACCAUCUGCGAGAUUACGUACCCAUAUGCCACGCAUGACAUGUGGUGCUGCAUGUCGUGGUGUUGGGUUGACUCGAGCUGUCCACAUGCACGAGCAUCAACACAGUGGCCCGGGAAAUUCUUCAGCACCGCGGGCUGCGAGAUGGACGCGGACGUGGUCUCAAGCUGCAAAUACUCACGCGUUUGCGAGUGCCGUGGCUCAUUGCCAACCGGGACGCUGCCGGCGGGAUUCUCCAGCUCCUACGGCUCCUCAUGCAGUGCGUGGGAUGCCACUGGCUGCAAGGCGACGUGGAGCGCUGAUUCGGACUCGCAGUGGCAUACUCAAUCGGAUCACGAGUGGUGCUGUGAUGCAUGGUGCUAUGUCGACAAUGCUUGCCCUAUAGCCAAGCUGUCCUGGCUUGGCACUGGAUACUAUUUCAGCUACGAGACAUGUGAUGACCCGUCCACAAACUAUGACGAGCCAUCCGACUCGUGCAUUUCCACCCGGAGGCGUGCUCUCAGAAGGCUUGGUCAGAUGAUUGCAGAAUAUCUCGAUGAGGAGGACCCAGAUGAGUCCGAAGAGGAGCGGCGACUCUCAGCCAGAAGACGCGUCGGUGCAACUGCCCGCCGGCGACGGACUGCCACCUCGACUGCCCGGCGGCGACGCUCUCCACCUGCGCCUCCCACUACUGCGAGAAGGCGAACUCCUUCGAAACCUUCUGCGUCCAGCCGUCGUCGCGCAGCUACCCCGACAACCCCACGGCGACGAGCAGUUCGCCGCAGAACGCCUCCUCCGACACCACCAGCCAUGUCAACUGGCCGCCGUCGCAGCACUGGCAUCGGCGGGACACACACGAUGACUCCCCGCCGCAGACGUGCACCGACUACCACUCUCAGUCCACGGCGUCGUGCCACAACCACCACUCCGUCCCCGUCGCCCACUGUCAGUCCACGGCGUCGUGCCACAACCACCACUCCGUCCCCGUCCCCGUCGCCGUCCCCAUCGCCGUCGCCGUCGCCUUCGACGACAAGGCGACGGCGCAGUCGAAGGCGAAGUACGCCGUACGGCUACAACAGCAAGAACGACAUGAUGAACAACCAUGGUGGGACCAUGCCUCAUCAAACCAACUACGGUUACUCUGGCUCGGAUGCUGUCUCAGCCAAUUCGAACACUAAUGUCGCCAUUUAUGCGGCAGGAGCAGCGGCUGCUGCAGCUGUGGUUGGCGCUGGGGCUGCAUAUGUCUAUAACAGCCAGUACGGAGAUGCAUAUAGCGACCACCGCCGCCGCCGAGCAACUUCGUUUGAAACGCCAGACCUUUGCACCGUCACCGCCGCUGGAAGUCGAAACGGCGACUUCAUGGAUUGCCAGAAGUGCUACGACCACUACGGCAUUUCCAGCUGUCCCUCUGCAAGUUCCUGCAACACUCCCACGGGGUGCAGCUACAAGACGCCUCAAAGCUUGAGCCGGGAUGACCUCGCAGCCACAGGUUUCAUACCAGAAGGCUAUACCUUCCCGCUCCGCGUCAUCUUCACCAGCGUCACUGGUGCAGGAAUCGUCACUGACCCGCUGUCAGGCGGCCUAUGCCCACCUACGACUCCAGCGGAAGCCGAAUAUGUGGAGAGAUUCAACAAAACCAUGUCCUUCAAGCCCGAGCUGUUCUUGGUCCUGACCAAGCAAAGUGCAUUACGGCAAGCCGAACCAUGUGAGAGAGACACGCAGACGACUUGCUCAUUCUACUCCUGCUCGCCGGACAGAUCAGUUUGCGAGAAUGAAGUUUGCCUGUGUGAGACAGGCUACUGCUGGAAUGGCUACGAGUGCUUGGCGCAGGGUGUGGCAAGUGCGGCAUCUAACCAGGCCUUGAAUUUCGUGAUCUUCCUGCCUCUUCUGUUGCGACGUGUGCUACAUCUUUGA